UUUCCCUCUCUUCACUUUCUCUCUCCUCUAUUUUGUUUUUCCUUUUAUUUUUUCAGAGUCAAAAACACUUCGACGCGAGCGCAACCCCCCUUUGGUCUCCUCUCUCGCCAUUGCCGGCCACUCGAUGAAGCUCAACUUUCAUGGUAGUCGCCUCCCCAAUUCCAAUUAAACCCUAAUUUAGCUCGCUUUUCCUCCAAUUUCCCUUCCUUUUCAAUCGGUGCUUCGAAUUUACAGAUCUAGGGCUCAAUGGACGCAACCCUAGAUCUCAAGAAUUGUAUUGAACGGCGGCGCGUGAGAGAUAGAGAAAGAGAGAGGGAGCGUGAGUUGGGAUUAGUAGCUGUUGGAUGUUCUCGGGAGCAUCAGCGGGUCAAAGUCUAUCGUCUGAAUGAGGAUGGCAAGUGGGAGGAUCAGGGAACUGGCCAUGUCACUGUGGAUUAUGUGGAGCGGUCAGAAGAUCUCGGUCUGUUUGUCAUUGAUGAAGAGGAUAAUGAAACCUUGCUCUUGCACCGGAUCACCCCAGACGACAUUUAUAGAAAACAAGAAGAUACAAUUAUUUCCUGGAGAGAUCCAGAAUAUUCUACCGAAUUAGCCCUUAGCUUCCAGGAAACUGCUGGAUGUUCUUAUAUCUGGGAUCACAUAUGCAACGUGCGACGAAAUCUGCAUUUUACUACUCUUAAUCAUGAUACCUUCCACAGUGUGAACAGUGAGUUACGAGAGCUUCCUGCUGUGGAGCUGUCAACACUCCCUUUAAUAUUAAAGCAGAUUGUGGUAGAGAGUGGCAUUACGGAUCAAAUGCGAUUGACGGAACUUGUAUUGCAUGAUCAAGAGUUUUUCAGGAAGCUGAUGAACCUGUUUAGGAUUUCUGAGGACCUUGAGAAUCUUGACAGUCUUCAUAUUAUUUAUAAAAUUGUCAAAGGCAUUCUAAUGCUCAAUAGUCCGCAGAUCUUUGAGAAGGUUUUUGGAGAUGAAUUCAUCAUGGAUAUCAUUGGCUGUCUUGAAUAUGAUCCGGAUGUCCCCCAUGUUCGACAUCGGGAUUUUUUGAUGGAGCAUGUGGUUUUUAAGGAGGCUAUACCGAUUAAAGAUCCCACAAUCUUGUCAAAGAUACACCAAACAUACAGAAUUGGUUACUUGAAGGAUGUGGCUUUGACUAGAGUAUUGGAUGACGCAACUAUUGCCAGUCUGAAUUCCAUUGUACAUGCAAAUAAUGGUGUUGUAGUUUCGUUAUUGAAGGAAGACAAUACUUUCAUUCAGGAACUGUUCUCACGGUUGAAAUCACCCAGCACAUCGGUGGAUUCCAAGAAGAAUCUGGUUUAUUUUUUGCAUGAGUUUUGCACUUUAAGCAAGAGUCUACAAAUGGUUCAGCAACUUCGACUUUUUAGGGAUCUCGUAAAUGAAGGCCUUUUUGACAUCAUCAGUGACAUUCUGCAGAGUGAAGACAAAAGACUUGUCUUGACCGGGACAGAUAUCCUUAUACUUUUCUUGAAUCAGGAUCCAAACCUUUUGCGUAGUUAUGUUGUCCGGCCUGAAGGAACUCCUCUUCUUGGUCUUUUGGUCCAAGGUCUGCUUACCGAUUUUGGGGAUAAUAUGCACUGCCAGUUUCUUGAAAUCCUUCGUACUUUGUUAGAUUCGUACACAUUGUCAGGAGCGCAGAGAGAUACUAUAAUUGAGAUUUUCUACGAAAGGCAUUUGGGGCAGUUAAUUGAUGCCAUAACUUAUUCUUGCCCUGGUGGAGGCAAGACUUUAGCUAACUCUGAUGUCGAAAAUUUGGAUAAACACAGCUACACAAAGCCAGAGAUUCUAUUGAGCGUGUGCGAGCUGUUGUGCUUUUGCGUUGUGCAUCAUCUAUACAAGAUAAAGUGCAACUUCCUGCUGAACAAUUCCAUGGACAAAGUUUUAUAUCUGACGAGGAGAAGAGAGAAGUAUCUGGUAGUUGCUGCUGUUAGAUUUGUCCGCACUGUGAUUUCUCGUAAUGAUGAAAAUCUUAAUAAUUAUAUUAUGAGACGCAACCUUCUCAAACCCAUAGUGGAUGCAUUUGUUGCUAAUGGUGAUCGAUAUAAUUUGCUCAAUUCUGCAGCUUUGGAGCUCUUUGAGUACAUACGCAAGGAAAGUGUGAAGCCAUUGCUCAAGUAUUUGGUGGAAUCUUUCUGGAGUCAGCUAAGCAAGUUUGAUAAGUUGGCUUCUAUUCAAUCUUUGAGAGUCAAAUAUGAGCAGUCCCUGGAAAGCGUUGGAACAAAAUCUGCAGUAAAUGUGGAUUCAAGAAAACAGGUUGAAGAUCGUGCUUUGGAGAAAGAAGAGGAAGACUACUUCAAUGAGGAUAGUGAUGAGGAAGACACUGCAUCAGCUUCAGUGUCAAACAACAAUCGAAGGGUACAAGAGCAUCCUAUUUCAUCCAACGGUUCUGCUCCUAGCUGUGCAACAUUAAGCCCUAAACCUGGUGGACUAGUGGAUUAUGAUGAUGAUGAGGAUGAUGAAGAUUACAAACCUCCACCUAAAAGACAGACAGAAGCUUCUGAUGAGGAUGAAGGUAUUCUAGAGUCAUUAAGUAUGAAGAGGAAGGUAGCUUCUAAGGAGGAGCCUGGAUUAGUCAAGAAGCAGCGGCUUGAUCAAAAGAAAGUGUCAAGAGAGAGCAUUCUUGCUUCCUUGUGCACGACUCUCAGCCAGGCAGUUUUGCCCAACAAAAAAGCAGCGAGUAUUGCACAUAAUGCUUCCCAAAGCUCAAAUACAAAGAGUACUGUGGACAUGGACAAUGGUCAAAAGAGAGAAGCUGAAGUAGUUAGAAAUCACUAUGAUGAAAACAGUUCGGCUGAUAAAAAUGGAAGCGAAGAGAUCAUUACUUCUCCAAAUAAUUCGGCUGAUGAAGUUGGAAGCAAAGAGAUCAUUACUUGCCAAAAUAAUUUGGCUGAUGAAAAUGGAAGCGAAGAGAUCAUUACUUCUCCAAAUAAUUCUGGUACUUCAUCUAAAAGUCGAGAAAAUGGACAAAUGGAGGGGGAGGAACUUCCUCAUUUACCCACAAACUCCUCAUCAGAGAUGGUGGUAAAUGGAUCUUGAUUUUAUCACAGGAUGUUCAAUUUCGAGCGGAUAUACUACCAGAUAACAGUUGCUUUAUGUAUCUUGAACUGAAUGGCCAUCUGUUCCUUGAUUUUAGAGGAGAAUCGCACCCCUAUCAGCAGAGCAGAUUUAUCAGGUGAGACAAGCGAGUGAUGUGCUGUUGGGUUCAUAUAUGAUUAUAUAUAGAGGGGUGAUUUUGUACAGAGCUAUAACGAAGACCGUCAGAUGACAAGAAAGAAUGUAUUAUUUCCCUCAAGCGUUGGCCUCCUGGUAUGUGUUUUGAGCAUAUACAAGUUGCCUCUGUAAAAACUUGCUUUAGCAUUGAUAUUCCCCGAGUAAAAAAGGUGGGUUCUGUAAAACUCAUUUUAGUCCUAAUCUUUUUUGUUAUUGGCAAUCUCUCCUACAUUCCCUUCGUCCUGGCAAUCACAAUCGUCUGAUAGAGUGGCAAUCAAUAAUUUGCCAUCGCGCAUAUUUUCCUUGUUAGUGUUGCAAUUUUGUGAUCACUGUAAUAUAAAGUUAUUAGUGAGUAGUGACCUUGAUUCGGAACAUUAGUUCAUCUUCUUAAUAGAUGCUUCUUGUACAUUAUUUUUAUAGUACUUCACUACUAUUAUUUGAAGCCGUCCUCAUUGGAAGUGUUCAUAGUGUUCGUCUUUA